GUUUACACCAUGUCAUAUAUGUGUGUGUAUAUAUGUGUAUGCAUGCAUGUAUUUAUAGAGCAGAGUCACAUUCCCUCCUGGGCAAAAAAGGUCUCACUCUUGCCAACUCCUCUGGUAUGACAUGUGUUUGGUUUCCUGCAUCAUCCUUGGCUUUUCCUGCAAUUGCUGCCUUUUAAACAAAAAAUAGGAAAACUGCAGAGAGUACUCACAGUUUGCUCUUUAUUUCCCAAGUUUUUUGCAGCUGUUAGAAAAUGGACAAUUUCUGAAGGUCUGAACAAAAUGCAAAUAAUGGGGAGCUGCAGCAAAAUUGCCAGGGGGAUUUCAUGAACCGGGGAAGAAUGGGAAAAAAAAAAUCCAGUGGAAGAAAUGUCUCAAAGAUGAGUUUCAGUAGUCUUCAAGCAUGGGUAUAUUUGGAAGCAUGUUUGAAAGUUUAUAGCUUUAAUGACUGCCUUGUGCACAAUGAAAUAUUUAUGUCAAGCGGCCAGAAAUGAGAGCAGAUAUACAAAAAGGUUCUUUGGUACUCUUCUGCCACAGACAGCACAAAAGUGGCUCUUUUCUCCAUUCUGGAUAGUGGUACCUGACCCUAGGAAGUCAGCUGUGUUUGGGCUUACUCAACCAUAUUGUACAGAUGAAAAAUCUCAUGCACAACCAAAAAGUAAAGCAGCAUUUGGAAGCGUUGGGCGAAGAAUUCCCUAUCGUAUUUUGCACGUAAUCAACCAGGAUGGGGAGAGCUUAGGGAACAUGCACCGAGCAGAGGCACUCAGACUUAUGGAUCAGCAUGGCCUGAAACUGGUUCUGCUUCAUGAGAACGUAGAACCUCCAGUUUACAGACUAAUGACUGGGCAGCAGAUUCAUGAAGAGCAGCUUAGACGUGCAGAGAAGAAAAAAGCAAGUCCAAAGCAAGGGGUAGUGCAAAAGGAGUUAUCCUUUUCUUCAGCUAUUGCCAAGAACGACCUAGAGACCAAGACUAAACAGAUAGCACAGUGGAUUGAAAAGAGACACCAUGUUAAAGUUACCAUCCGGCAAGCCAAAGGCAGCAGUACAGACAUGUUCAUGCUUUUUGAUCAAAUUUUGGAGACUGUGUCUGAGAAAGCAACUUACCUUUCCAAGCCAAAAGUUGCUAGAGAAGGAGUGAGUACCUGUGUUUUCAGGCACAUGUCUGAUAAAGAGUUGAAAGAGCACCAGAAGAUGGAAAUCAAGAAAAACAAUACAGUAAAGAAAGAUAAAAAUGAAGACUUGAAGUCAAAUGAGUUGCAUCAAUGACUUUCUGAAGCGGUGUAAACAAUAUAUAUUUAUUUAAAAAUAAAAUUUAAAAAAAUUAACUUUA